AUGGCGGACUCUCAAGCGGACGUAACCCCGAACAGCACCCCAUCGCGGCUCUUCCGACCAGUGAGGGUAUUUCUAAAGGAAGUCGGCCUACUCACGCUCUACCACAGCCACAUCGACACAAAAAUCCUGAUCCUCCAGCGCUUCGUCCGCCUGUUCGCCUACGGCGGCAGCACGCUCAUCUUGGCAUCGUACCUAUCUGAGCUGGGAAACGAGGACGCCCGGAUCGGGUUGUUCAUGACCCUGACGCUCGUGGGCGACGUGUUUGUCAGUUUCCUGCUGACACUGGUAGCCGAUCAACUAGGGAGGCGAUGGAUCUUGGUCCUAGGCGCGGCGUUGAUGUGCGCCAGCGGUGUCGUGUUUGGGCUGAGCUCGAGUUAUUGGGUGUUGCUGGCGGGGGCGAUCUUGGGGGUUAUCAGUCCUGCGGGGAACGAGAUCGGUCCGUUCCGCGCGAUCGAGGAAUCGACCAUCGCGCAUCUUACGGCCAAGGAGGACCGCAGCGACGUUUAUGCCUGGUACAGCUUGAUCGGCACGGCGGGGACGGCAUUGGGAUUCAUAGGCUGCGGCUGGGUCAUCACCUACGUGCGGGAUGAGAGGCAUUAUGGCACGAUCGAGGCUUAUCGCAUCAUAUUCUUCGUCUACGCUGCUGUGGGGGUUGUCAAGCUGUGCUUGGCCCUCAUGCUGAGCAAGGCGUGCGAGCUCGAUCCGAAGCCGAAGCCAGCGUUCGCCGAUGCGACAGAGACGGAAACAGCACCCUUAUUGGGCAACGGCGCAGCGUCAACUGCAAAGAAGCGACAAUCGCGGCUGCUCCCGGACAUCAGCAAGGAGAGCCGCGUGGUUCUGAUUCAGCUGUGCGUUCUCUUCGCCUUUGACAACCUCGGGUCAGGAUUGGCACCGCUAUCAUGGGUCACGUACUUCUUCAAGCGCAAGUUCGACCUCUCAGAGGGACAAUUGGGGUCCAUAUUCUCCGUCACGGGCGUCAUCUCGGCGCUUUCCAUCUUCGUGGCGUCGUCUAUUUCGAAACGGAUCGGGAAUGUCAAGACCAUGGUCUUCACCCACCUCCCCUCGGCCAUCUGUCUUGCCCUGAUCCCCAUCCCUUCGAGCCUCGGCGGCGCUCUCGCCUUUCUCAUCGGCCGAGCCUGCACGCAGGUCAUGGACGUGGCGCCCCGCUCGGCCUUCCUCGCAGCUAUCGUCCUGCCCCAUGAACGGACCGCGGUGAUGGGCACGAUCAACGUGGUCAAGACGUGUUCGCAGAGCUUGGGGCCCGUGAUUACGGGUAUCUUGGGGACGAGGAACCAUUUUUGGGUGGCGUUCGUUGCUGCGGGGGCGUUGAAAGCUACUUAUGAUCUCGGCUUGCUGGCGGUGUUUGCGGAGAAGGAGGCGCCGAAGAACAGGACGGAGAGGGUGGAUGAAGGGCAGCGAGCUGGCGCGAGCGGGCAGUAG